GCCAUGUUGAUGAAACGUGUAAAAGCAAAAAUGAAAACGACAACAAACCAUAUUCAUUAACGCGAAUAAAAUCACCAUAAACGAUGGGUGUAUUUCUACGAUCUUCUUCCGCGAUUGCUAGUCGAUUGGUGUUCGUGAGUCACGCAGUGUGGAGUUUGAGAGAAACGAUUUAUCGUGUGUACCAUGCAAACAAGACGGAAGCAGAAAACAGCGUGUAUUGGACACUUACUAUUAUUAUUGGUUUCAUGGCGUUGGAAGGAAUCUAUACUCUGGUUAUUAGAAAGGGGCAGGAGUAUAAGUUUUUCUGGCCAACUGGAUUCUUCUACUUGACCAUAAUGAUUCCUAUCACGUGCAUACUUGAGAUAUUCUUACUGGACGAGGAACUGAAAUGCGUAAAUGUACAAGAAACAAACGCAAAGUACAACAACACUCAAACACAAGCGCUUGUCAAAUUUUGCAACCUGGUCACGUUAACAAACAAGGAUGAUCAGAAACUUCGUUCCGCAGUUGAAAUCGGGAUGCUUGGUGCCUUAGUCAUAGGACGCUGGCUAUUACCUAGAGGAGAAAUAACACGUGAUCAACUUUCUGCAUUGCUACUGGCUUACAUAAGCAAUGGUGCUGAUGUGAUUGAAUUUCUUAACACGUGGAACGAUUUUCCUGUCUUGCGGACCAAAGAAGUCACGAUAACUGUGUUAGUUAUUUAUUCGUGGAGUUUGCUUCAGUUUGCUGUCGUGACAACAAAAACAACAGACGAAUACGAAGCCGAAGCAGAUGAAGAUGAAAUUGAAGAAGCUCCCACUACCAUAUUUGAUCUUAAUCACAACGAACCUGAGGCAAUCCCAGAGCUAACGAAACCGAAACCUACAAGAAAGAAGCAGAACUAUGAUCCAACCAUACCUCGAUAUGUUCAGAAACUUAUGAGAAAUAAACCUAAACAAAUAGUUGGUAAAAGAAGUCGAUUCAACCCGCAAUUGAGGUCAAGAACAUCCUCCCUAAAAAGUCGGUCAUACACGAAUGAUAGCUUGAAAAUGAAACCGAAAUUUCGAAAAAGAAAAUCAUUUCGCAUGCGAGCAGCUACCAACGCUUCAGCUAAAAGUAACUCAUCUCAAGUGAAAUCAGGUAAGGACAAAAAAAUUCGUUUUGAUGAAGAGGCAUCGGUCUCUCACGAACCAACAGCUCAAUACCUCCAAAGUCUCGCAAAAUAUGAAAGAUGGGAGGAAUUCGCGGAGUCGCUACGACAAGCUCAAGAGCGCGGAUUCUCCACCCCUCUUGAAGACAGCACAGAAGAGAUCACUAAAGAGGGAGAGAACAACGGUUUUUUUAACAAGUUAUGCUUGAGAUUCAACCAGGACGUAUUUCAAACAGUCAUCCUAAUGCUGAGUUUAGAGCUACCGUACUUGGUGGCGAGAAUUUGUUUCACAAUCGUAUACGACGUUUCAAGCAUCACUAUGGUGUUUUACACGACGAAGAAUGUUAUCAUGAUCAUAUUCCUGGUGUACCGCUUAUGGGUGAUAUUCUCUGGUAAGACAGAAGCUGAUGAACUAGCGGCUGAUAACGAAUAUUCCGAAGAGCAAGACGUGAUGACUUUGAAAUAAACAAGAAUAUGUUUGUUGGACGUUUGCAUUAUGGUAAUUGCUUAAGAUAUUUGCAGUGUAUAAGUUUUGCACUUGUUUGAACGACACAAUUCCUUAACAAGAAAACAAGAACGAAUGUUAUAAUAAUAACAACAGUGAUGUAUUAUACAAAUAUUCUUUUUGCUUUCCCUGGCUGUGAAAAACCAAAACAACA